AUGGGCACCUAUCUCUAUGGGCGCCUAUCUCUAGGGGCGCCUAUCUCUAGGGGCGCCUAUCUCUAUGGGCGCCUAUCUCUAUGGGCGCCUAUCUCUAUGGGCGCCUAUCUCUAUGGGCGCCUAUCUCUAUGGGCGCCUAUCUCUAUGGGCGCCUAUCUCUAUGGGCGCCUAUCUCUAUGGGCGCCUAUCUCUAUGGGCGCCUAUCUCUAUGGGCGCCUAUCUCUAGGGGCGCCUAUCUCUAGGGCGCCUAUCUCUAUGGGCGCCUAUCUCUAUGGGCGCCUAUCUCUAUGGGCGCCUAUCUCUAUGGGCGCCUAUCUCUAUGUGCGCCUAUCUCUAGGGGCGCCUAUCUCUAUGGGCGCCAAUCUCUAUGGGCACCUAUCUCUAUGGGCGCCUAUCUCUAGGGGCGCCUAUCUCUAUGGGCGUCUAUCUCUAUGGGCGUCUAUCUCUAUGGGCGCCUAUCUCUAUGUGCGCCUAUCUCUAUGGGCGCCUAUCUCUAUGGGCGCCUAUCUCUAUGGGCGCCUAUCUCUAUGGGCGCCUAUCUCUAUGGGCGCCUAUCUCUAUGGGCGCCUAGCUCUAUGGGCGCCUAUCUCUAGGGGCGCCUAUCUCUAG